AAAAAAAAAAACCUGAACCAGGAGCGGGAUCAGGAUCCGUGCAGACCGAUCAGACUCUCCUCUGCACCGUCACACCGCUGCUGUCUGUUUACAGCCCUCAGGAAGUCCACUUUGAUGUCUGCGUCAGUCCUGUCUUCAUGUGGACGCUUCAGUCUGCUCGGUGGACUCCUCCUCCUGGCCUCCUCUCCGAUCCUCACUGCAGGACGGCAGAAUAACUGCACUCACCCUCUGGUUCCUGAACAUGGAGGCUUCCGCUGCGACCCGUCGCCGUGUCGAGGUUUCCACCAGAAGAGCACCAUCCACCUCUUCUGCGAGCCGGGCUACCACAUCAGCAACAAGGUCCGCGUGUCCAGGUGUACUCACGGGAAGUGGAAGCCUCAGAUCCCCACCUGUGUCCCCAUCAGAGGCGGUCCAAACAUGAACUCUGACAACAGAGACAACGACUCGAUGCCCAGCAUGGCCACCACAGCGGUGGGCGUGUCCAUCUUCCUGCUCACCACCACUGCCUGUCUGGUCGUCAAGUCCCGCCUCUACCCCUGUCAAUCACACAGCCGGCGCUCCUCAGACCAGCUGGACCUGAUGGUGGACGGACUUCCUGUCUCUCUCCCCUCCUACGAGGAGGCGGUGUACGGCAGCUGGGGGCAGCGCCUCCCUCCCUGCUCAGCACCGGGACCCACUCAGCUCCUAUUGGCUCAGGAAGCUCCACUCUGUCACCCAGCGUCUCUGAACAACCAAUCAGACGGCAGUCAGCGCCCCCUCCUGUCCAAUCAGAGUCCAGACAACCCCCCGGCCCCCUACGAGGAGGUGCAGACGUCCCGUCCCAGAGACAGGAGGAGCAGCGGGGACAUCAGACAUGUCACACUUUCAAAUGACAAGGACACCUGAUGGACGGACUAUACAGUUGAUUCUUAAUGAUGUCACCUUUUUGAUUGACAGCUAGCGGCAGCUCAGCCUUUAACUCGGUCUGACCACAAACGCCUGAAGAGACUGUCUGCACUUUUCCUGGUUUGCUUGCAGCUCAUCGGGAUGCCUUGUCCAAUCACAGGACGAAGAUGACAAGCUCUGAUUGGACGCUGUUUUAAAUGAGUUAAUGAUCGGGUGAAACCUUGUAUCUAAAAAAAAAAAGUUUGUUCAUAAAAAAGUGUUGUAGAAAUAUUACAGUUGAGGUUUUUACAGGACGGUGAUCGUGCAAAGGUGCAAGUGUGUGUGUGCGUGUGUAUGUGUGUGUUUUCAGUGUAUCUCUGGAGACGUUAUACUUCCCCUCCGUGACGGGGGUCGAUUGAGGCUUCCUCGGUGAAGUCUGCUGUGUGCUAUAUCGUCAUGGUAACUGCCUUCAUUUCAUUUCUUCCCUUUUUUUUGUUUCAUGUUGUUUUUUUUGUUUUUUUUGGGGGGUCGCUUCAGACCGAUGGCGUUGUGGGGUUUGAAGCCGGCUCGAUGCACGGACAGUGGUGACUGUGAUGAGCAUGUUCGUGGUGGUAACUUUGUAUUUAGAGACUUGAAAAAAAUGCCUGGAAACCAAAACAGCCUUUAAAAAACGUGUUUCUCGUGUGUUCAUUCACCGGUGAGUGAAGUUCAAAUAUUUUCAUGAAUGUAAAUUAAAUAGUUGUGAUUUAUUUUCGCCCCAGGUGGCAUCGGUGCAGACGCGUUCGUAGGUGCUUUUAAAAAUGAAAUAGAACUUCCAAAUAACAGUUUUCAUUCCACAGCCUGAAGUCAAACACUGAGAAUCUCUGCUGUGUGUGUGUGUGUGUGUGUGUUUGACCUCCGCAGGGCAACUGACGCCUUCUCUGACCUUGAAUGUAUUUUAUGUCUAAUUAAUCUUAUUAUUAUUAUUAUUAUUAUUAUUAUAUGGAUAGUAAUAUUUACAGAACGAUUAUUUGUACAUUGCACAGAAUUAUAUGAGGAAUAAAUGUUGACAUGUUUCUCUGA